AUGCCUCAAGUUUUACCUGGUGAUGUGACUGGCUUAUACUAUAUUUUGGUCAGCAACCUUCCAUGGUCAUGCACAUGGCAAAUUUUAAAAGACUUCGCACGGAAACAUGAUUCUGAGGGACAUUGCCUUGCAAUCGAACAUGCACAGGUAUAUCCAGGGUCAACUUGUGGGUGGGUGACAGUGCGUGGAAAGGAGGACUUUCUCAAAGCACUCCAGCAUUUACAAGGUGGAACUAUGGGAAAUCGAGCGUUGUGUGCAGAUGGCCGCAAUGAAACAAAGCCGAUUCAAGUGCGGGAUCUUGCUAUCCCGUGGACCACCUCGAACUCCUGCGGAAAUGUUUCAAGGACAAGGGCACUCUCAAUACCGACAUCUUCGGUCUCAUCAGCGUCUGCAAUGCCAAUUCAACAGAUACCAUUCGUUCAAAUGGCUCCAUUAACCGAAGGCACAUAUAUCUCUACUUCUACAUCAGCCAAAUUUAAUGAUCGAGGCUUGACUCAGAUUCAACAGAUACAAAGUAUUGAAAUGUAUCCAAAUGUGCCAGUACCGCUCGCCUAUCCAUCUAUGUUGUAUGCCGGUGAUAUGGCACCAGAUACGCCAGUAUACAUACAACCUUCUCCACAGUCAUUUGCAGCAUCUCCUCCUAUCUCUUACAUGACUCAAAGAUCUGACAAAAUGAAAAUUGUAAGAAGCAAAGUCAUCAUUACCCAGCUUCCUCGAGAGACAUCGACUUCUUACCUAAAAACUCACUUGUACAACGUCAUAAAAUCGAAAUAUCGCGGCAGUCCAUCCACAGAAAACCCUCUUGAUGCUCUACACAAUAUGACCAUCGAAAAGCAUCCAGAUGGGAGGCAAAAGUGCCAUACUUUCCUGACUUUCAACACGCAUAACAUGGCCCAGGAUAUGGUGGAAAUGCUUGACGGUAUGGUAUUUUGUAGAAAGGUUCUGCGGGUAAAGCUUGCAAAGGAAGGGGCAGAACCCAGAGAACAACGGCAAGAUAUCAAACCCUCCAAAGCGAGACCUAUGGCAUCUCAGGGGAAGAAGGCGGGGAGACCCAAAGAGACCAGGGGGAGAAAGGUCCAAACCAUGGAAGAAAGAGAGAGGGAUAGAGUUCUCGCAGUCAGGUCGAGUACUGUAGCUGCAGUAGCUGCAGUAGCUGCGCAGGCCAAGACAGAGACAAAUGCGAAGGUGAAGUCGCCUAUGGUGGUGAAUGGAUCGACUCCAGAAAGUAACUUCUGA